AUGAGAGUUCUUGUCCCCAUGGCGCAGCAUGACACGGGCCGCGCCGGCUCCGUCCCCGUGGCAGCCGCCCCAGGCCCCGGUAACUGGGCCUCGCCAUGUCCGGCGUCGCUUCCCUGUCGCCAUGGCAACCCGGCGUGGCACCGGAAGUGGCGUAAGGGACAGGCGGGAAGUGGCCGCUGGGGCGGAAGCGGCGGCGCGAUGGCGGCGGUGACAACGGAGAGUGGGGCCGGGAGCGGGGCCGCAGGCAGCCCCGAGGCCACCGGCGGGAGCACCGGGGGCGGCGGGUGGCGGCGUCCCCACGGGCCGCUCCAGCGCUACUAUGGCCCGUCCACUGCCGAGGCGGCCGAGGCGGCCCCGGACCCCACCGACAUCAACGGGCCCCACUUCGACCCGGAGGUGUUCAUGACCAAGGUGCGCAGCGAGUGUCCCCUGGGGCAGCUCCUGGCCCGCGAGGCCGCGCUGGGCCGGGAGAUCCGCGCCCUGGACAGUGACAUGCAGACCCUGCUCUACGAGAACUACAACAAAUUCAUCUCCGCCACUGACACCAUCCGGAAGAUGAAGGUGGAUUUCCGGCACAUGGAAGCAGAGAUGGAUGACCUGGCGGCCAACAUGGCGGCCAUCAGCGCUUCGAGCGCCCGCGUCAGCGCCGCGCUGCAGGACCGGCACCGCCGCGGCGCCCAGCUGGCCGGGGUGCAGGCGCUGCUGCGGAAGCUGCAGGCGCUGGUGGAGGUGCCGGGGCGACUGCGGCGCUGGGCGGGGACGGAGCCGGCUCGUGCCCUGCGCUGCCACGCCCGCGCCCGUGCCGUGCUGCGCCACUACCGCCACCUGCCCUCCUUCCGCGCCAUCGAGGACGAGAGCCACGCCAUCAUGGCCGACCUGGCCCAGCGCCUCCGCACACGCCUCCGGGAGGAGACGCUGGAUCCCAAGGAACUCACCGAGUGUGUGGAGAUGCUGCUGCAGCUGGAGGAGCCGGCCGAGGAGCUGAGCGAGGAGUUCCUGAGCCAGGCGGGCGCACGCCUCGAGGCCGAGCUGGCGGCGCUGGAGGCCGAGCUGCCCACAGCCGACCCCUCGGGCACGGCCAGCACGCCGCCACCGCCCGCCUCCGACAUCCUGGACUUUGUGGACCGCGGCAGCUCGGCCUUCGUGGGCACGCUGUGCCAGCUGGCCGGCUCGUACCGCGCGCUGUUCGGCGGGGACACGGGGCACCUGGAGCCCUUCGCCGCCGCGCUGGCCACCCGCUACUUCGCGCUGCUGGAGCGGCGGCUGGCGCUGGAGCGCGGCCUGGGCGACACGUCCCUGCUGGUGCGGGCGCUCGACCGCUUCCACCGCCGGCUGCGCGCACUGCUCGAGCUGCUGCCCGCGGGCGCCGACGCUGCCGCCGCGCUGGUGGCCCGGGCCGCCCGCGAGCGCGUCGACCGCUACCUGCGCGCCCUGCAGACCUUCUUCCUGGGCUGCCUGGGUGACGUGCGCCAGGCGCUGGCUGCCCCUCGGCCCCCCGGCAAAGAGGGGCCCGGCCUGCCCGACCUGCUGGCCACGCUGGCCGCCUCCGUGCUGGGCCAGCUCAAGGCCGUGCUGGCCUAUGUGCAGCUCUUCACCGCCAGGGACGUCGCCUUUGCCAGCCUGCCCUACUUCAAGGGGGAGUUCUGUGUGACAGCAGUGCGUGAGGGACUGGUGGUGGCCUUCGUGCGCUGGCUGUGCCGCACCGCCCGUGGCUUCGCUGAUGGCCCGGCCGAGCGGGGAGCUCCCGCUGCUCCCCCGGCCCUGCUGCUGCUCCUCGCCCGUCUCUGCCUGGACUAUGAGAACUCCACCAUCAGCUACAUCCUCACCCUCACGGAUGAGCAGUUCCCGCCCCAGGACUCGGGGCCGGCGGUGACGCCGGGGCCGGCACUGUGUGCGGAGGCGCGGGCGGCGGCGCAGCGGCUGCUGGACCACUACGUGCAGGUGCAGGGCGCGGCCGUGGCGCAGAUGCUGCGCAAGAGCGUCGAGACGCGCGACUGGCUGGGCACCGUCGAGCCGCGCAACGUGCGCGCCGUCAUGAAGCGCGUGGUGGAGGACAUCACCGCCAUCGACGUCCAGGUGGGGCAGCUCUUCGAGGAGGGUGUGAGGCGGGCGCAGAGCAGCGAUUCCAGCCGGCGCGCCUUCUCUGUCUACAGCAGCUCGCGGGCACCUGGCCGCUAUGCCCCCAGCUACACCCCCAGUGCCCCCAUGGACACCCACCUGCUCAGCAACAUCCAGAAGCUUUUCUCUGAGCGCAUCGAUAUCUUCAGCCCUGUUGAGUUUAACAAGGUGUCGGUGCUGACGGGGAUCAUCAAGAUCAGCCUGAAGACGCUGCUGGAGUGCGUGCGGCUGCGCACGCUGGGGCGCUUCGGGCUGCAGCAGGUGCAGGUGGACGGGCACUACCUGCAGCUCUACCUGUGGCGCUUCGCCUCCGACGAGCGCGUGGUGCAGGGGCUGCUGGACGAGGUGGCCGCCAGCGCUGCCCACCGCUGCCUUGACCCCGUCCCCAUGGAGCACAGCGUCGUCGAGCUCAUCUGCGAGCGCGGGUAGCAUGAGGGACAGGGACGUGCCACACAUGGGGCCCGUUACACCUCUGGGGACAGACCUGGGCCCUGUGAGUCCCCACACGUACGUGAGGUGUCCUUCCCAACAUUGAGGACACCUUGUCUUCACACCGGGUCGCGCCAUGUUGUUCAAACCCCACUUCCCCACUGCCUCCCCAGCCCAGUGACACAGUGUUAUCCCCCCACCUUGGUGACAUCCCCUCGUGCCUGGAGACAGCCCCUUUGUCACUAAUAAAUUAUGUGUGAGUUGAAUUGAA